CGUUUCAGAGGGAUAAGAUUGUGCGAAGCUGUUGAAAAGAAUUACAAUCCCAUGUUUCACAGAAAAGCCUCGGACGCCAUGGAAAAGGAUCUGAUAACCAAUUUGCCUGAUGAAAUUCUUUACAGAAUCGCAUCGUUUUUGCCCAUUGAAUCAGUUCUUCAAACAACAUUCCUUUCGACAAGAUGGAGGAAUCUCUGGAAACAAAUUUCAGUUCAAAAUGGAGCUCUUGAAGAUCUUGCAAAUUCAGCUUUAAAAUUUCUUCAUUUCAAUGGCUUUCCGCCAUUGAAUCAUCUCAGAAGGUUUCAAUAUCAGUUCAGCAAUGGCAGAGCUCUGUUCAUCUCUGUUUUAGCUAAUGAAAAGCUUCACUUACAAUUCUCUUCUGAAAAACAAGAAUUCCUAGCUCAGUUCAUCUGGAAUUUAACCCUCAAUGAUGAUCACCACCCUUCUCAUUCAUCUUUCUCUGUCAAAACACUCUGUCUCAAAUCAAUAACCCAUCUUACGACCGACGCGAUUUCGACGUUCGUUUCGAGUAUUCAUUCGAUUCAAACGUUGAAACUCAUUGAAUGUAAAGGGCUGCAAUCAUUUUCAGUCACUUCUGGUUCAAAUUUGCAAAGCUUGACCAUUUUAGAUUGUCUGGAGUUGGAGUUUCUUCACAUUGGAUGCUCGAAACUCCGGUCGUUUCGAUAUCGAGGACGGUUUCCUCACGUUCGGCUUGAUUGUCAUUUUAACAUGGAAGAUGUUAUGCUUGACUGCAGACAAGGUCCUGGAUAUAUGUAUAAGAGUAAUGAGUUUGAUCCAUUUUUGUUGGCAGUAAAGAAUGUUAGAACACUCACUCUUUGUAAAUGGAUUUUUGAGGCUUUGAUCUUUCCUUCUCUUUCUUGGAACUUCAAAUUUUAUAAGCUCAAGGAGUUGUGGUGGAUUGAUGAUUCAAAAGAGAACUUCAAUGCCAAUGCACUGAUGAGCUUUGUCAAAUUGUGUCCCGCGUUAGAGCGUCUCUUCGUUACGUUCGACCCCAAAAGUUACUGUGUUUUGAGCUCGAAAUCGUUUUCGAAGAACACAGACGGGGACGGUCGAGUCGGGCAGCUUAAAGUUGUGAUCUUGAAAGGAUUUGUUGCAUUAGAAGAGCAAGUGAAGGUGGGUGAGUUAGAUGGAAAUUUCUUGCAAGUCGCUUGCUUUCAGCUGAAUUCAAAAGGUGAGGGAAACAUGGACUAUAUCAGAAAACCAUUUCCUAAACAUUCUCAUAUGGACACUUGGGAGUAAGGUUUUAGAUUGUUUUGUAUGUUUUUGCGUAGAAAUUUGAAUCUCCAAUCUCAAGUAAAUAAAGAGACGUGUUCAUUUG